AAAUAAGAUUAUAUAUUUCUUUGUACAGGAUGAAGACUUUAAGCCAAUUGGCAGCAGAAUGCCACCACAGGGAGGAUAUGGUGCAUACAAUGCUUACAUUUCUGCAGCCACUAGAUAUGCAGCACUUGGUACUCCUACUUUGUAUGAUCAUCCUGGCCCAAUUUAUGGACGGGGAGAACCUGCUCGUAGAACUAGUAAAAAGAUUUUUGUUGGCCGUCUACCCCCAGAAGCAUCUUCUGAGGAUCUUCGUCAAUAUUUUGGAAGAUUUGGCCGUAUAUUAGAUGUUUAUGUUCCAAGGGAUCCUAAGAGAACAGGCCACAGAGGUUUUGGAUUUGUUACUUUUGCUGAAGAUGGUGUAGCAGAUCGUGUCUCACGAAGGUCUCAUGAGAUUUGUGGACAUCAGGUUGCAAUAGAUUCGGCUACACCCGUUGAUGAUGCAGGGCCCAGUGGGAAUUUCAUGAUGGAAUCUUUUGGGGGAUAUGGCGGUCCUGUGCGAUCUUAUGGGAGGAUGUAUGGUAGCUUAGACUUUGACGAUUGGGGUUAUGGAAUUGGGAGACCAUCAAGAGCAGAUUGGAGGUAUAGACCAUACUAGUAGGGACACUGCUUAUUUGUGACAGCGAACUGUGGUACUGUUAUUUAAUCAUGAUUUAUAAAGUUGUAAGAACUAUGGAUUGGAUUUUUUAAUCCAUCGUAAGCCAGAAAAUACUUUCUUUGAACAUAUUAUCUUGUAUCGAUUUGUACUAAGCGAAGAUGAUGGAAAUGUUAUAUUCUAGAACAA